CUGACUCCCUCCCCUUCUCUGACAGUGAUUGGCAGCCUCCAUCACCCUGACAGUACUAUACACGACUCAAUGCCAACCAACCCAAGUGCCAGCAGCCGCGCACCGAGAUCUCGCGAGGCUGCGCCUUAACCCUUCCCCUCCACGCGAGAUCACGCAUCAAGGCAUCACGUGCACGCCCACCUCAGCCCCCCGGAACCGGGCAGGUCAUGUGACGCUGAGGGUAAGCUGGCUGUGUUGUCGGCAGAUGGCAGCAGGCUGCUAGGGAGAAGUUCCCUCGGGUACAUAAAGGCUUUCAAGGUACCAACUUCCAUAGUGAUCAACUAGAGCCACCAUGAAGUCCAAGCAGCUUUCUCAAGAAGUGCGGGACACAAUUGUAGAGCUGCAUAAAGCAGGAAAAGGGUACAGAAAAAUUUCAAAGGCAAUGACUAUCCCUGCCAGCACAGUGUGCUCUAUCAUUAGAAAGUGGAAGACUCAUCAUACCACCAGGACUCUGCCCAGAUCAGGUCGCCCUCCCAAGCUCUGCAGCCAAGCACGCAGAAAACUGGUAGAAGAUGUCACUCUGCAGCCAUUGCUGACCAUGAAAGAUCUCCAGAAUUCUGUGUCUAAGAUGGGCGUCCAUGUCCACACAUCAACAAUAAGACGUUCCCUACAGGAAUCCCGGGUUUGUGAAAUGAAUGAGAUGUCUUCACAUGGCAAAACGGAGGCGUCUCCAUCCUCCGUACCCUCGAUCACCAUUGAGACAAUGGAGAUUCCAUUGACCUAUGAGGCGGUGAUUCCUCACUGGUUCUACCACAAGAUACAGGAUGACAGAGGGUCCUGGAACCCCUUCAGCAGGGAGGAUUCUGAGAAACUGGAGGCAGCUUUCUGCUCUGGACAAAAUCCAAACAGUAUUGUAAUCCCAGUUUGUGGGGGUCGCUAUGAUGUGUACCUGGGCAGUCGCAGGAUGCUGUCUGUGUACUGGGACGAGGAGGACUCUGAAGCGCAGAGAUGCACCUGGUUCUACCAAGGGGAUAAGGACAAUAAAUAUGUUCCAUAUGCAGAAAAUUUCAGUGAGAUACUGGAGGAUACCUACAUGCAAGCAGUGACCGGUAAUGAGUGGAAGAGGAGACUGCAAUCGCCCUCUAGAGAACUGAUCAUUCUGCAUAACCCCAAGCUUAUGGUUCAUUACCAACCAACAGGAAUACCAGAUGAGUGGGGAGCAACACCAAGUGAGCAGGGUCGUCCCAGAACAGUGAAGAGAGGGGUUGAAAAUAUCUCUGUGGAAAUACUUCCAGGGGAGCCAGCCCAGAUUGAUCAUUUAGUCUUUAUGGUCCAUGGUAUCGGACCUGCCUGUGACCUUCAGUUUCGAAGCAUUGUGCAGUGUGUCAAUGAUUUCCGGUUUGUAUCCUUGAAUCUGCUUCAUGCUCACUUCAAGAAAGCUCAUGAACAAGACCAGAUUGGUCGGGUUGAAUUCCUCCCUGUGAACUGGCACAGCGCACUGCAUGCUGAUGCUACUGGAGUAGACAAUGACAUCCAGAGAAUAACCCUGCCCAGCAUCGGUCGCCUGCGUCAGUUCACCAAUGAGACUCUGUUGGACCUCUUCUUCUACAAUAGUCCCACCUACUGCCAAACCAUUGUAAACACAGUGUGUGGGGAAAUGAAUCGCAUCCACCGACUUUUCAUGGAGAGAAACCCCACGUUCAAAGGACAUGUCUCAGUAACCGGACACAGCCUUGGAUCUCUCAUUCUGUUUGAUCUACUCACUAACCAGGUUGAUCCCACACUAAGUAUUCACAUAAGAGCAAAGGCUUCAGUGCGCAGUGCAGGACCUCAGACACCCAGACACACACUGCAAAAGGUUCUAGAGGAGUUGGAGCUGACUGACCUGAUCAGUGUGUUUGAGAAAGAAAUGAUGGACAUCGAUACUCUGGUUAUGUGCACAGAUCAGGACUUGAAGGGUCUAGGAAUCCCUUUGGGGCCACGGAAGAAAAUCCUCAACUAUGUAAAACACAGAGGGCAUCUAAAGGAGUCUAACUGCACAGCUAUGGAAACAUCUCUUACGAGUGACCUAACGCAACCUCCCCUGACGUCUGGCAGCACUUUCAAUGUGGUGAAUUAUGAGUACUUUGAUGUUGGAAUUGGACAGGUUCGAAUUGAUUACCCCCAGCUCAGCUUCCAUCCACAUAUUUUCUUUGCCUGGGGUUCCCCCAUUGGAAUGUUCCUCACUGUACGAGGUUUGAAGAGGAUUGAUCCCAACUAUCAGUUUCCCACAUGCAAACGUUUCUUUAAUAUCUAUCAUCCAUUUGACCCAGUUGCUUACAGGAUUGAACCAAUGGUUCUCAGGGAAGAGGAGUUUGAGCCGAUGUUGAUUCCUCACCAUAAAGGCAGGAAGAGAAUGCAUUUAGAAUUGAAAGAAGGAUUAACUCGCAUGGGCACAGACAUCUUGGGCUCCCUGCGGGUUGCUUGGCAAACAUUUACCCGGCCUCCUGUGCCUUCCUUACCACCUCCUACUGCGGAAGCUGCAACGCUGUCUGUUUCCGACCUUUCUCUUGCAGCAGACACCAAUUCUGCUGUGAAAUCAGAAGAAGUUUCUGUGAAGGAAGAACCUGUACAUCUUGAUGUGGGAAUGCUAAAUGGAGGGCAACGGUUUGAUUAUGUUCUCCAGGAGAAACCGAUCGAGAGCUUCAAUGAAUAUUUGUUUGCAUUACAGAGUCACCUGUGUUACUGGACCUCAGAAGAUACUGCAUUGCUAUUUCUUAAAGAGAUUUACCAAACCAUGGGGAUCAGCAUGGACCAGCCUCUGCAAUAACCAUACAAAUCUGACCGAGCUGGCACGGGAGGGGGUACGUUUGGGUAAUGCACUCAUUGCAGCUUUCAUCUUCUGAGAAUGAACAUUUACUUAUGAGAACAAUGGACAAUGUCAACUAUUACUCCAUCUUUUCUGGAAGAACACACUUGUGAUUACCCCUCAAGUCUUUGUCUUAAGCUUAUUUCACACUUCACUGUUAUAUGGACAAUAGUAUUUCAGGGGGUUUAGUAGUAUACAGGAUUCAUGAUGAAAAUGCCAUCAUUCUACAUAUUCAGUAGAAAAGACACAUACUAUAGCUUGUAACAAUAUACUCUGUUGUGCUUUUUAUCUCUGUAUUUUUUGUUGAAUGUUGAAACUCAAAUAAUUGUGAUGUGGCAACAUCCGUGAUAUUACUUUUGUUUUCUCCAUUGAUGUAUCUGGCCCUCCCUGUGUAUCUGGCCCUUCCUGACUUUCCCAUUGCAAUGAGUGGCCAGGUCAUUAAUCAGCAUAUUUGCCAGUCACACAUCUCUCAAUACUUCCAGUUAAAAAUCUCAUUAAUUUCUUUUUUCAAAAUAUUUAUCCAAGCCACAUUAUUCCCAUUGGCAGGAAACUUGGUACUGUCCUGAGGUAAUGUGGAUUAUUACUGGGGUACAACAGAUCCACAGGUUAGGUGAAUCUUACAUAAAAGGUAAAUCCUGUCGGAAAUGGGCCUGUAUUAACUCACUAUUCACCUUGGCUGUCUCUACAAACCCAGUAGACCACUAUGGAAAGUAAGGACCUCCUGAAAACCACUGAAAAUGAAAAAAUAAUUAUUGAUGUUCCAAAAAAUACAAAUCACAGGUCUGGAGUAUAUCCAUUUUUGUUCACACUUUAAAAAAAAUUGGCAUAUAAUAUUUAUUUUUUAUUUCAAACGCCAUGAAGAACUGUACGUAUAACAGCUACACCUAGGGGUCUAUGUACUAAACCUUGGAGGGUGAUGAAGUGGAGAGAGAGAUCAGCUCCUAAAUGCCAUGUUACAGGCUGUGUUUGAAAAAUGACAGGAGCUGAUUGGUUGGUCUCUGCAAGGCUUAGUAAAUAGACCCCAUAAACGUAGUUAUGAAAUUAUUAUUAUUAUUACAUUUUAUUUAUAGGGCGCCACAAGUGUUUAGCAGCGCCGUACAAAGGACAGUACAGGGAGACAAAACUUAGCAUUAGAAAACUUAUACUCUACUCCAAUGAAUAUUCCCACAAACAAACCUAUUGCUUUGCAUUAGUAGCAAGUAUAAUAGUAAGAGGCAGAUAUACAGGAUCUCCUUGACAUCAAGCUCUCUCUCACUCCAGUAGCCCAUUGCCAUUCAUUGAGAUUUGUUGUUCCACAGAUUGCCUCUCUGCUUUAAUUUACUGUACAACUCCAACAUCUUUAUUUUUAAAGAGAUCCUUUCCUCCACACCCGAGGCCAUUCCUGAGAAACUCACUACUGACUCCAUGGAUAAUUUGUGUUCUCAGUGCAAAUGUAAUAAUAGCAUUAAAUGCAUGAUGUAGCAGAUGUUACUCUUUGCAAUCUAUACGUUUACACUGAAUGUUGGAUUUCAUCUGCAUUGAAAAGACUGUUGAGCCUAGGAGACAUGGCCAUUAUCUGUGGAGGUAAAGUAUACUUUUUUUGUUGUUGGUGGGGAUGGAAUGCAAGGAUAUCGACCAUUGGAUAGAGGAGACUACUGACUAUGCUAAUUGGAGUCAGAGCCUAAAGCCAGGUACAACCUGCAGAUACAUUCUGCAGAUCUGUUCAGUACUUUGACCAGACUGAGCAAUUGUCAGAUCGGGGGGCACCUGUAUACAAUGCGAAAUCUUUAGCUCAGUGUGUGCUGAUUCAGUGGCAUCGGGAGCUAGGAAAUGAGAUGUGCAGCACAUCAGAUCCCCACCUGGCUAUUUCAGGAGCAUCUGCAGCUUUUUAUCAUCUAGCACUCUUGUAUACACACUAUUCAAUUAUCAGUCCGACCAUACAAUUAAUGGUUGAUUGGCCUGAAAAAUUGUAUAGUGUGUACCCGACUUUGGAUUAGUAAACUUUGCAAUUUUCACCAAAUCCAGUCCGAGUGACGUGGGCAGCAUUGGAGCACCUGAGAUCAGGGUGUUCCUGAUGUGUGUGGGUGAUCCCUUUAGGUUUACAUUUCAGACUUUCUCUAGUUGCCAUUUGAAUUAAUAACCAUAAACCAUAUAAAAUCUGCAAUGAGAACAUGCCCUUUGCAUGUUGUUGGAGUUGUAGGAGUCACAUCAUGUAAACUGUGUGCUGUAUUAUCUGUUCAGAUUUUUGGUAUAUGUUGUGGCUUUUGUUUCCUCUGAUCUGUUUUUGUCAAAUAAUAGCCACCCUAGGGUUACUGUAUCAUUUUUGUAUAGCCUUUUCUUUAUAGCACAGGGGUGGCCAAGUUUGGUCCUCUAGAAUUCCAUGUUUCCCAGAUUACCUGUAGAUCAUGAACAUUUGUCAGUUAGUUAUGACCACACCUGUGCACCAGCUAGGAGAUCUGGAAAACAUGAACUGUUAGGGGUGCUUGAGGACAUAUUUUGGCCAUCCCUGUUACAGCACACAAAUUAGCUUAUAUAACCACUUACUAAAACUCAUGCUAUUGUUCCACAACGCUGUACUUGUAUGCCUUAUGUGCCAGUUGUGCACUUUUCCUCCUAUAGGUUUUCAUAAUGUUGUAAUGUAUAUAUUAUAUAAAUAUAGCAAAGAUAUAAUCCAGCAUGUGUCUCUUCCUGAACAGCAUUUUGUGUUCUAUUUAUUAAAGAACACUUGUUUUUAA